AUGAUCGAUACACAGAUCAAUCCCUUUGAUCCAACUGUCUCUCAGGAUGAAGUAAACCGGCUCUUCCGGAAACUCAAAGACACGCGUCUCCCGGAGUAUCCAAUCGUGCCCGAUUCGGCCGACAAUGACGACUACGGCGCACCGCUGGACUGGGCGCGCCGGCUGAAGGAGUACUGGGAGACCCAAUACGACUGGACCAAGGCGCAGGAAGAGGUCUGCUCCUGGCACCACUUCAAGACGCGCAUCGAGGGCAUCGACAUCCACUUCGUCUACGAGAAAGCCGCCGCCUCUCCCUCGUCCUCGGCGAAGCCAAUCCCGCUACUCCUCAUCCACGGAUGGCCGGGCAGCUUCUACGAGUUCUCGCGCGUCAUCAGGCCGCUCACCAGCCCGCCCUCGGCCGACGCGGGGCCGGCCUUCGACGUCGUCGUCGUCUCGCUGCCGGGCUUCGCGUGGUCGGGCCCGCCGCCGCGGCGCGGGUGGACGCUGCAGGACUCGGCGCGCGUCUUCGAUACGCUGAUGGGCCGGCUGGGCUACUUUUCGUACUGCGCCCAGGGCGGCGACUGGGCGCACUUCGUUCUGCGCGAGCUGGGAUCCGGACGCUUCCCAGCCUGCCGCGCCGUGCACACCAACAUGUGUCCGAGCGAACCGCCCGUCGCCCCCGGCGAGGAGCCGACGAGCCGCGAAAAGUGGGCGGAGGAGAGGCUUCAGUGGUGGCUCGGCCGGCCCCGCGCGGAGCGGCACAUGGGCUUCGCCGUCGAGAUGCGCACGCGGCCGCAGACGCUGGGCGUCGCGCUCAACGACAGCCCCGUCGGCAUCAUGAUGUGGGUGGGCGAGAAGUACAACGAGCUGACCGACCCGGAGCGCUACGCGGACCUGCAGGAUCCUGAAUUCAACCACCGCCUCGCCACGACGCUGAGCCUGUACUUCUUCACGCCCCCCAGCAUUAUGACCAGCAUGCUGUGCUAUUACGAGAACGUGAGGCACGAGGACUACGCCGAGUUCAACCUGCGGCCCGAGAACAGAAUCACCGUCCCCAUGGGCUUCACCAGUUACAAGUGGGAUACUUCGCCUACGUCGGAGCGGACCGUUGCGACGACUGGAAAUGUCAAAUGGUUUAAAGAGAGGGAUUACGGCGGGCAUUUUGCGGCGCUGGAGACUCCACAGGAGAUGGUUGAUGAUCUGAGAAGCUUUUGCGGACAGUGGUACUCGGAAUAG